AUGUCAGAACUAACAAACACCCGUGUGCCCACACCCUCCAACCCCUCAAAUCUGGCCCCACGCUACGAAAUCCGAAAACUGAAGCCGGUCCACCUCCCCUGGGCCACCGCCAUCCUCACCCACAGCCACGGCUUCUACUCGAAUGUCUGGCAGAAAAUCUGGCCUGACCGCGACCUCGGUCGCUGGGUCGUCGAAAACUCCCUCAAUUUCGAAUACCUAGUCCGCCACCAAAUCGACUCCGGCCUCUCCUUCGGCGUCUUCGACACAGAAUACGUCUUUAAGACCGACUCCGCCCGCGCCAUCGGCGGCGCCCUGCUCUGGGACGUGGACGAACUCGCUACACAGAGUGUAGAAAAAACGCAAGGCCGCGCAGCAGAAGGGAAGCGGUUACUAGAGCAAAUGGACUUCCCACUCGUAAGCAUAAUGCUCAGCUACGACGGCUUCAAGCCGCUUGACCCCGAGAAAAUGAAACCUUUACUCGCCAAUUGGUCGGAGUUUCCUAUCCUCUACGGCGCGCUCGAACAGCGGGAUCGGCGGGAUCCGGCGUCGUGGAAGCCUACUGCGCCGCGCCAGGUGCUCAUGCGCAAUGCGACGUCCACGCGGGGCGACUAUGAAGGGCGGGGUAUUAUGGGGGCUGGGGCGCGGUGGCUGCAGCGUGAGGCGGCGCUGAUGGGGUUCCGAGGGAUUCAGAUUGAGGCGAUGGCGGAUCGGGUGAUUCAUGUUUGGACGGAGGGUGUGCAGAAGCCGUUUAAGGGGACGGUGGUAAGUGAAUUUGAGUGUGAGACGCUAGAGGUUGAUGGGGAGAAGCCGUUUGAAGCGGCGAAGCAGAGGGUUAUUAAGGCUUGGGUUGACUUGACAGCUUGA